UGUGGGCUUAGAGCGUGGCAGUGUCUUUUGCACUGUCUUCACGAGGUUUCACUGAGUCUCGGUGAGGGGACAUGUACCUCUGAGCUGAUCUCGAGGCCUAUUGCAAUUGGACCUGAUGAAACAGAACUGAUACAAGUCUCGUCGAGACUCUAUGAUGAUAAUGGUCAUUCCCUCGCAAAUGAGUUCCCAAUAUUCAAUUCAUGUGGGGACCAAAGGCCACCAGAAACGUUUGAUGACAUCCCGAUUGGCCUGCCUGUCAAGGUGUAUUUCACACUACUACAUGGUCCAGGUAUACAUGGAAACCGACUUAUUCGAGGACAUUUCCUGUCUAUUCGUGAGGCUCGAUACAGUCGGUUGCGCACUCUUCUGCAAAAUGCAGUUUCAUGAUGACUAUUCUUACUUAUUUAUUUCUAGUAUAGCCUAGUCACUCUGUAUUUUAUAUUACCUGAUCUACAUAUAUUUCACUGUGAUGUUU